CACAACAUGGUAAUUUUUAUGUUUAAAAAUGACCAUGGUAACUAGUUCAGUUGUCUUUUGUUUCUACACCAAGUAAUUAAAUACCUCCAAUUAACAUAUUUUUCAUUGGGUUGCCAACUCCUAUUUUUAUUAAAAUCUAAAGGAUGGCUUGUGAGGCAACCUUGAAGUAUACUUACACUCCUAAGGAUGCUGCAGAUAAAAAAAUAAAGGAGCGUAGAAUUAACUUACUUCUUCUUGUCCAGCAUUUUUUAAAAACAGAAGGGUAUGCAGAAACAUAUCAACAGUUCAAUCUUGAAUCCAAGUUGCCCAAAGAUCUUCAAAUAUGUGACAACAUCGAAUUGAAUCACAUAUUACAAGAAUAUGAAACAUAUUAUUUUAUUCGUUUUCAAAAAUAUCCAAAAAUUUCUAAGAAGAUAAUAUUUUCCGAAAUCGAAGAAAAGAAAAAUCAAUCGAAACAAACAAAGAAAGUGUCAAAGACUCUGACCAAGGCUUCUUCAGUAGAAAAAUGCGACUCCUUAGAAUCAUCACCUUGCCCAUUGGUAGUUCUUCCUAUAGUAACUGAUGGUUCAAAAAAAUUAAAUGAACCUGAUUUUUCCGAUGAAAAGAUUUUCAAGCCUCUUGGCAGUUUUGAAGGUUAUUCUGAUGAAUGGAAAUCAUUUGCCGAUAUUAUAAUGAAGGAGGUUGUUGACAAAAAUUUAAGUGUUUAUUGGACUGAUGUUAUUGGAUUAGAUAAUGCCAAAGCUCUGUUAAAUGAAGCAAUUGUAUAUCCUAAUAAAUAUCCUGAUUUUUUCAAAGAUUUUAUCAGCCCUUGGAAAGGGUUAUUAUUAUUUGGUCCAUCAGGAACAGGUAAAACUAUGCUUGCUAAGGCAGUAGCUACCCAGAACAAUACGACUUUCUUUAAUAUAUCAGCAAGUUCGAUUGUUAGCAAAUGGAGAGGUGAAUCAGAGAAGCUUGUACGGGUAAUGUUUGAUUUGGCAAGACUUCAAGCGCCAUCAACAAUAUUCAUUGAUGAACUUGAUGCCGUCGCGUCUCAAAGGGAUAGUAAUCGUGAGCACGAGGCUUCUCGAAGACUUAAGUCCGAGUUGCUGGUUCAGUUGGAUGGUCUUUGCCAAAGUAAUGAUAGUGUGUUCUUCUUGACAGCGACAAACUUACCUUGGGAUCUAGAUACUGCUAUAUUAAGAAGGCUGGAGAAACGUAUAUUUGUUGAUUUACCUGAUUUAGAUUCUAGAAAAAGUUUGAUUCAGAAAUAUUUACCUCCUGUAUUAAAAACCUCACCAUUAAUAACAGUUGAAUUAGAUUAUUCAGAAUCAGCUGAGAAGUGUGAAGGAUAUUCAGCCUUUGAUAUUAAAUUGUUAUGCAAGGAAAUUUCGAUGAAUGUAGUGAGAUCUGUAUUUAAAAAACUGGAAGAAAAUAGAACAUAUUUCUGCCUUAAAGAUGAACUGUGUAAGUUAUCGCCUCAAGUAGUUUCUGUUAGAGAUUUUGAUAAGGCUCUUGAAAAAGUUAAAGCGACUGCAGUGGGAACAAUGGAGAAGUUUAAGUCAUGGGAAAAAGAAUUUGGAUCAUUUUAGGCAAUUAUUUUUUCCUUUAUGUUGUUCUUUAGGAAUAAGAUAUAAAAUAAAACGUAACAAUUUAUUUUGCAUUUUUUAAUUUAUAUCACAUUUUUAAUGAUAAUUUAAAUACCUGAUAUCAUGGUUCUAAUUCUAAACCACAGGGAUGUUUCAACACAUAUAUUAAUGAACCGAUUGCUAUUUUACAUACCUAAAAUUAAUCUUAUGCAUUUUUACAUUUAUUUUACGAGCACAACCUGCCUUAAUUCUAAACUGGUUUCAUUACAUUACAUUAUCUUCAGUAAUUUGUACAAAAAUAUUAUCAAAUUUAAUAUCUACUAUAAAAACAGUUAUACAACCAUUUCAAGACUGUUACACUUGGAAAACAUUUUAUUUAACUACUAGUGUUACAAUUAAUUGAGCAAAAAGUAUAUAUGUAUUGUAUAUCAUAAUUUAAUAACAAAUUAACUGUUUAGUUAUUUCAAAAGAAAUAUGAAUGCUGUUUAAACUGUUUAUUGUUGGAUGAAUUUUACUUCUAAACAGUAUUCAUAUAACAGUUUUCUUUUGACACAAUAGUAACACCUGAGCAUCAAAUUGUUAUGUCUACAAUAAUGACUUGUCUUUGUAUUUAGUAUACUUUAUAGAUAAAAUUUUAAUGACCAAUAUGGUUUCCCAGUAUGUGAGUGCAAUGGACAUUAUACCUCCUUGACGAUUUCCCUCGACUGAGUGGAAGGUAGUAUACCGGUGCAGUUAAUAGCAAUAAACGUUAUUAUCAUAAUGUUGAUUAUUAAUUGACGGGAUCUUGAUGUGCUGAUAAUAUGUAAACAAAAACUCAUAGCGAUGACUCCAACUAUCGAUUAAACCACAAUUAAUCUGGCAUAAAAGGAAAUUUCUUCAAGACUUAAAUAAUUUAAGAAAUUUACUGACACAUUUUCCACUUCCUUUCGACCCAAUGUAGAUCUAACAUCAUAUUUGUUCGAUAAAUGUUUCUACAUUGAAUAUUUUUGUUAUCUAGCCUUAAUUUUUUUUUUACAAAGUAACAGAUAAUGCAACUUACUUUUAACAUCCCUUUCCCUUCUGUAUGUAUUUGUUUAACAAAAAUUCAGUCUAUCAAUAUUUAGAGGUUUGUUUUUAAUUAUCUUCAUGUUUAAGGGAAAUUAAAAUUAUUCACUGUAUUCUUCAUUGUAAUGAGAGACAAACUGAUAACUGAAAAUUAUUAUUAAAUUCUUCUUAACGAGUUUGAAAAUUUAAAACAAAUAAUUUGUUUUUAAUAUUUUGACACCAGCUACUGUAAAUUUGUUCACAAUAUAAUCUAUAAAAGGCUUACAAGUUGUUUUCAAAUACUUUUUAUAUUAAAAUAUUGGAAACAGAAAACAAUUUGAUGCUCUUGUGAAAUUUUUAGAAAUUAAAGAAUUUUUUUGUAAUGAAUCUAAAUUCUAUAGCUGAUAGAUUUAUUUUUUUAUCAUAGUACUUGCACGAUUUUGUCUUUUAAAUAUAAUAUAUUCUUAUAUUCUAAAAUGGCAUUUCCUUUAAACAUUUCGCUAUGUAAAGAUUUUAUUUUUCAUUCAUUUACUAGUUAGAAAAUAAUCUUUUAAAUUAUUUCCUUCUAUUCUAAUUCAUUCUAAGUCUUUGAUCUUUUUUUUUUUUAAUUUCUAAUCUACUUAUUUUGGCAUGUUAAUAUAUCAAUAUUAACCUAAUAAUCACAGUCACUAAUUCUUAAUUACUAAAAUAAAUUUAAAAAUACAAAACAACUAUUUACAAAACCACACACUGCUUUCUUUUUUUUCGAACUGAGGAACUUAUCAUUACAGUUGAAAUUGAACUCUUAUCAUCGAUGAUGCAACAUCGGGUCCAGUCUCAUACAAUAAAGAGGCUCCUAAGUUAUAUUUUAAAUAAAUAAAAAACAUAUCCUAUGUUUAGAUUUUUAGUUGGUAUGAAUAAAGAGGUGAACAAUAUCUCUCUCCUCUCCCCAAAAUAUAAAAUAUAAAUAAAUAAAUUCUUCUCAUACUUUUUCUUUAAAUUACUUGAUUUACACAUUAUCUCAAAAGUAUUUGUGUAAUACUAGGUUUAUCUAGUCCAUUAAUUUGAAUGGUUUCAAAUUAUUUAUUCCAAUUCUCCUAUUUAAAUUCUAAAUUAUAGCACUCGAAUUUAAGCUCAGGAUUAAAAUGGAAGCCUCGAAAUUCCAAGCCAAAACGUAUCUUUUAAAACAUAAUUUUGAUUUCCAUUACUAGUCAUAUGGUGGCUUUCAAGAAGUAUAUGUAUAUACAUUUUCUGUACAUCUAAUGUUAAACUGCCAAAUUCUUCUUCUUAAAUUUAUAAUGCAAUAUUGAAUUGCAAUUGAUAUUUUAUUUCUAGUGCCAAAAAUUAGUAUGAGAAGGGACCCAAUUUUUAUGUUCUGAAAAUGGUGUAUUGCUUUCACAUUUCAAUCUUCCAGUAGUAUUUACACUUGAAAUAGCUUGUACAUCAUACUAACUUCAUGACAUAGGCUUUGAUUUUACCACGACCACAUUCAUUGAUUUAUAAAAACCUUUUUUACUAAUUAAGCACAUAUUGAAUAUUUUUGAUGAUAUAUAAGAAAAUAUAAAAAAAGACAGAGCUAUCAUGCCUAAGCUUAUGUAGAACUGACUUGCCGGUAGGAUAACCACCACUAUGUACAUGAGAUUUGAGAUAUAAGAAGGUAGU